GCGGGGACUUGUUUGAACGCCCCUUCCUUGCGGUGGGUCGGUGGGCAUGGCGGUCAGGCUGGGCCUGCGGCCCGUCCGGCGGGUCCUGGUCCGCUUCUGCCCCUUCCAGGACCGCGUGGAGGCCACCAGGGCUGUGUUGCAGACGCUGAGCAGUGAGAAAGUGCGCGCCUCCAACCUCAACUGCUCCAUCCAGGUGGACGUCAGACACGACGGCUCCGCGCCCCAAGUAGACGUCCUCUUCGCGGACGGAGACCGCCUGAUCCUGCGAGGCGCUUACCUCACGGCCCAGGAGAUGCUUCAGGCGCUGGUCACUCGAAUCCAGGCCAAGGAACAGCCCGAGGCGGACAAGAAGCCGGAGGGGAGGAAGCCGUGAAGCGGGAAGGGGCCCGCUUAGAACUCCAUGUGGCACCUAAUAUGUUAAAAUUAAAUUAAAAUGAAAUUAGUUUGUAACCGU